AUGACUCUUUCACCUUCUCCUUUUCGGGUUGCAUUGCCUGAGAACAACAAGAUAGAAGCAGUGGAACGAGACAGAAUGUGUGUCAUCAUGGAAGCCGAGGAAGGUUUGGUGCCUCCUGGGAACUUUUCGAUGGUGGAAGACGGCAUUUACAGAUCUGGGUUCCCUCAACCUGCGAAUUUCGCUUUUCUUGAAACCCUAAAUCUUCGCACUGUUAUAUACUUGUGUCCUGAACCCUAUCCAGAAGAGAAUUUGGAGUUCCCUCAAUCUCAAAAUAUUCAGCUGUUCCAGUUUUGA